AUGAGUUUGAAUAUGACAUUUUUUUUUAUACAUAUUUAUAAGAAAAAAUUUAACUUAAAUCCUUCAAAAACACAAAUAUUCAUUAAUGUCUUCUUUAAUAUUAAUGAAAAUAACAAAGUUGAAGCAGUUUUUGAAUCAAGUAUAUUUGAAUUAAACAAAGCUGAUGUAAAAUACAAUGAAAACUUUGAAUCAAAUAGUGAUAGUAAUUAUGACGAAUUUGAAAGUGAUAAUGAAGAGAAUAAGAAUGAUGAUGAAAUUGAUAUAUUUAUUGAACAAAAAAGACUCAAGAUUUGA